AUAGGCAACUCAAAUUACACGGCCUGUCAAAUUCUCCAGCACCUUGUCUGUCUCUCUGUAGAACCUCUUUCUUGUAUGUUGGUGGCAAUCUCGCUUCACUAUUUGAAUGGGACAGGGCCAUUCCAUCCGUAUUGACAGUUCAUUGGCAUGCAUAACCGCUUAGACAAGGAAAAAAGAGCAUAACCGUUUUGCUUGGCUUUUACGAUUUGCGUUUUGUUUUUGUGUUGUGGACUUGUGAUUUUGUUUGGGGUUUUGAAAACUUGAAGAGUUUGGUUUGCGAAAUUAAAGUAGAUCGCUUCAACUUCGAUUUUGAUCUAAGCAACAUAGUGAAUGCACUCUUAUACAAUCCAAUAAAAAGAAGAAUAAAGCAUACAUUUUAGAAUUCGUCGUUUAUUGAUUAAAUUAAUAUAUUUCUGUUAGUCAUGGACGGAAAGGGACAUGAACUUCAAAUGGAAGUAAAACAAGAAUUUAGUGAAAAGCCGUGUAAAAUAGAAGUAGUUGAUCACGACAUGGAUAAUUGUCUUUUGGAUAUAUUUAAAACUGAGGCUGUAGAAGAACCCAAGACAGAAAGUACACAUGAUACAUUUGAUUAUUUGGACUUAAAUAAAAUCUCCAUAAAGACUGAAAUAGAACAAGAUCAUACACCUAAAUUGUCUGAAGAGAAACAAACAAAGGAGACAGGUUUUUCAUGUAAAGAUUUAAAAGUUGAUCCAAGUAAUAUAUUAAAACAAUACGAUGAUGGAAAUAGUCAAUUGAACCAGCAUUUAAUUGACGUUAUGAAAGGAAACACCAGAGAAAACCCUUUUAUGCCAGAAAUUUUACCUAAACAAUCAACAACAAAGAAAAUACAUGAAAGAAUACUCAACAGUGAAAGAGGUUUAAAGUGUAAAAUAUGCAAUCAAGAGUUUCCAUAUCAGUCCAGAUUAAAAGAACAUGCAAGAGUACACACCGAAGAAAAACUUUUUACAUGUGAUAUUUUCAUGAAACAAUUUUCAGAGAGAUCUCAUUUCAAAAGACGUGUAAGGGUUCAUACUGGUGAAAAGCCAUUUGCGUGUGAAAUUUGCACAAAACAGUUUUCACGGAGUUCCGAACUAAAAGUGCAUUUAAGAGUUCAUACCGGUGAAAAACCAUUUACAUGUGAAAUAUGCAACAAACGGUUUUCAUUAAGUUCUAAUUUAAACGCACAUAUGGUAGUACAUUCUGUAGAAAAGCGUUCUGCAUGUGAAAUUUGCAACAAACAGUUUUCAAGGAGUUCCGGAUUAAAAAGACAUUUAAGAGUUCACACUGGAGAACUCCCAUUUGCAUGUGAAAUAUGCAACAAACAGUUUUUAAAGAGUGCUGAAUUAAAAAUACAUUUAAGAGUUCAUACCGGUGAAAAACCAUUUUCAUGUGAAAUAUGCAACAAACAGUUUUCACAUAGUUCUAAUUUAAAAACUCAUAUGGUAGUACAUUCUGUAGAAAAACGUUUUGCAUGUGAAGUUUGCACCAAACAGUUUUCACGGAAAUCCGAAUUGAAAGGGCAUUUAAUAGUUCACACUGGAGAAACUCCAUUUGCAUGUGAAAUAUGCAACAAACAGUUUUUAACGAGUGCUGAAUUAAAAAUACAUUUAAGAGUUCAUACUGGUGAAAAACCAUUUUCAUGUGAAAUGUGCAACAAACGGUUUUCACAUAGUUCUAAUUUAAAAAAACAUAUGGUAGUACAUUCUGUAGAAAAACGUUUUGCAUGUGAAGUUUGCACCAAACAGUUUUCACGGAGUUCCGAAUUGAAAGUGCAUUUAAGAGGCCACACUGGUGAAACCCCAUUUGCAUGUGAAAUAUGCAACAAGCAGUUUUUAACGAGUGCUGAAUUAAAAAUACAUUUAAGAACUCAUACCGGUGAAAAACCAUUUACAUGUGAAAUAUGCAACAAACAGUUUUCACAAAGUUCUAAUUUAAAUACUCAUAUGGUAGUACAUUCUGUAGAAAAACGGUUUGCAUGUGAAAUUUGUACCAAACGGUUUUCACGAAGUUCCGAUUUAAAAGUGCAUUUAAGAAGUCACACUGGAAAAUCCCCAUUUGCAUGUGAAAUAUGCAACAAACAGUUUUUAACGAGUGCUGAAUUAAAAAUACAUUUAAGAACUCAUACCGAUGAAAAACCAUUUACAUGUGAAAUAUGCAAUAAACAGUUCUCACAAAGUUCUAAUUUAAAUACUCAUAUGGUAGUACAUUCUGUAUAAAAACGGUUUGCAUGUGAAAUUUGCACCAAACGGUUUUCACGAAGUUUCGAAUUAAAAGUGCAUUUAAGAAUUCACACUGCAGAGAACCCUCACAUGUGAAAUUUGCAAUAAACAGUUUUCAAGGAGUUCUGAUUUAAAAAAGACAUUUAAGAGUUCAUACCGGUGAGAAACCAUUUGUAUGUGAAAUAUGCAACAAACGGUUUUCACGAAGUUCUAUUUUAUAUACUCAUAUGGUAGUACAUUCUGUAGAAAAACAUUUUGUAUGUGAAAUUUGCACCCCAAACAGUUUUCACGGAGUUCCGAAUUAAAAAUACAUUUAAGAAUUCAUAUCGGUGAAAAACCAUUUGCAUGUGAAAUAUGUAACAGAGUUUUUACAAAGAUCUAGUUUAAACUCGCAUAUGGUAGUACAUUCUGUAAAAAAACGUUUUGCUUGUGAAAUUUGCACCAAACGGUUUUCAUAACUUUGCAACUUAACGGAUCACAUAAAAAAAUAUUUUCAAAAGCUUUAUACAGGGUGUUAGUAAAUAAGUAUGACAAACUUUAAGGGCUAAUUCUACAUGAAAAAAUAAUGACGGUUUUCUCUAUAAACAUGUGUCCGCAAAUGCUUAGUUUCCGAGAUACGGGGUGUCGAAAUUUUUAUUUCAAACUGCCAAUUUAUUUAUUGCUCUAAAACCGGUUGAGCUGUGAAACUGAAAUUUAGUGAGUUUUAGGAGGAGGUUAUUGCGCAUUUUUUGACAUAUAAUUAAGAAUUUUGUUCUUCUUUAGUUUAUUGGCCUCCACCUACUUGGGUAUACCUCGUCGCGGAAUAUAGGAAAAAUAUUUAUAUUCUAAUGACAUUUAUCUUAUUUCAUUGCAAUAAUAUAUACCAGUUUGUUGAGAUUGAAGUUUGAUAUAGUUAUUGAAGGAAAGGAAAGAAGGUUUACUAUGGAAAAUACAACCAUUUUGUAAAAGUACAAGUUAUCUAUGAGUAGUUCAAACGAUCAAAAACACUUGUAACAUCACAUAACUGUAUUUUGUACUGACGUUUAUAACGUCUAAUUUAAAAUUCUGUUUACUUUGUUGUUUCAGAAUGUAAACACAUAACCCGAUGACGCCACGACGCGUUUUGGGCUGGCUGGUAUAAUUUUAAUUUUUAAUCGUCUUUAGGGGCCAAACGAAAGCCAAACAAAACUUUUUUUUAUCUUUGAUACAUGUUUUAAAUUAUGUCCUGUUGUGAUUUAUAACAUUUUUUCGAAUUUAUAAUUUUAUGCAAGUUCCCUAUUCCUCGUUCAAUUUCCGACAAGAAAUCUUUCUUGCCUUUUUUUAUACGAGGCGCCGUUUUUAUACAAAAAUGUAAAACAUCUUAACGCUUGCAAAGUAUUCGAGGUAGUUUCCAUGUGUAUAGAAACUUAGUUCAAAUACUUUCUAAACGUUAAAAUGUUUUAUUUUUUUUUGCAUAAAAACGGCUCCGCAUAUGAAAAAAAGGCAAGAACAAUUUUUUGUCGUAAAUAGGGAACUUGCACAUUUUUUUGUUACAUAAUAAUGUUCAGUUUUGUUUAAAAAUGAGAUUUCCAAAAUUUCACGCUUCAAAAACUCGUAAUAACUUAGAAAUACAUAUUUAAAGUCUUCUGCGGUAUAAAAUAGUUCAUACGACCCGUGACGUCACAUAUUUUACAUUAGUUAUUAUUAUGGUUAUAUUUCGCUGUGUCUAGGUACACUCUUUAUAAUACAAAACCAUCUCUUUGUAUAUUUGUAGAUUUAGCAAAGGCAUUUGAUACAGUUUCACAUAAAAUACUGCUAAAUAAACUUCAAAAAUAUGGUAUAAGAGGACUUGCAUAUAACAUCCUAGAAAGUUAUCUGCUAAAUAGACAACAUGUUUCUAUAGAUGGAGAAAUCAGUAAAGGAAGAAUUAUAUCUUACGGAGUACCACAGGGAACAGUCUUGGGACCAAUUCUCUUCAAUAUUUAUAUCAAUGAUCUAUUCAGACUGAAUGUAACAGGUAAAAUCAUAAGUUUUGCAGAUGACACAGCUAUUUUCUGUGAUGCAAAUACAUGGAAUAAUUUAAAACAAAAAGCUGAAACAGAUUUUGCUACAAUUCAGAAAUGGUUUCAGUUUAAUAAACUUACCUUAAAUAUAGAAAAAACAAAAUAUAUACCAUUUGCAUCAUAUGUUAAUAACCUCCCAAAUCUUGGCUCAUUAAAAAUUGAUGCAAAAAAUGAAAUUCCACAUACAUACGAGAUUAAAUAUCUAGGUAUAAUAAUUGAUAAACAUUUACGAUGGAACACCCAAGCAAAUAAUAUUCGCGGUGUGCAAGUACUUGGAAAGGGAAACGAGAAACGACCGUGCGCGAGUCGCGGAGAAAUAUUGCAUCUAUCUUAAAUAAUUCAUAUUGUCAAUUGAAAUUGUCAAAUUGACGUAUAUUUCAUACCUUCUGUCAUUGACGCAGAAAAAUUAUAUAUUGCUCCACAAUAUUGAUACGAUAUGCAAUUAUUAUAUAAAGGUAAAUUUAAUUAAUUGUAUUUUGCUUGCAGUACUGCAUUUUAAUAACUGAUUUUAUUUACUACAUACAAUUGUUUACGUUUGCUAAACAUAACCUGCAUCUUAUUUUUUCUUCUUAUUAUUUUUUUGGACUAUGGUCUUGACAAUUAUCCAGCAACCAGGACUAAUAUAAUUGGCCAAUAUAAUUAAAAGUGCGAAUAAAAGUACAGAGCGUAGAAAUAGAGGUCGCUUUGCCGAACUUGCACGGUCCCAAUAGUAAAUAAAUUAAGAGGACUCUUAUCAAGAUUUAAAUUUUUAAAACAAUUUUUAGGAAUAACUCAUUUGCGAAUUCUUUAUUAUGCACUUAUACAAUCUCAACUCACAUAUGGCCUUUUAGGAUGGGGUGGAAUACGCAAUAAUUACUUAUAUUCUAUAAAUAUUAUUCAGAAAUGGCUAAUUAGAAUUAUAUACGGGAAAAAUUUAAGAUAUUCUAGUGAGCUGUUAUAUAACGAAAGUAAAUUUUUAAAUGUACGUAAAUUAUUCUGUUAUAAAGCAAUUAUACAUAUACACGAAAAAAAGAUAAUAUUAAAUUUUAACAGUCAUGCCCACCAAACUAGAUAUAUAAAACAUAAUACAAUUCUACCAAAAUGUAAUAAAUCCAUCCUUCAAAGAUAUGUUGGUUACAUAGGGCCCAAAUUGUACAAUUUGCUACCGGAUAAUUUAAAACAAUUUAAAAAUGAUAAAAAACAUAGAUAUAAAUAUGAAAUUAAACAAUGGAUUGAGAACAAAUCAACAAAAUUCUGCGAAGAACUUAUCAAUGGACAAUAAUUGUAAUAAAUAAACUUAAAUAAGAAAUAAAAAAUUAUAUCGAAAAUAAAAAUUGUAUCUAAAUAGAUUUUUAUUAUCAACUGCGACAUUUCUUGAAUUAUUGAUGGCCACAUUUAUAUCACAAAUUAUAUUAAAAUUAUUAUAUUUUUAUUUUUUCUUGGUUAAUGUUAGAGUUUUUAGUAUUUUUAUAAAUUUUCGAAAACUGUAUACAUUUAUACAUUUGUUAAAUAUUUUUUGUGUUUGUUUAUAUUUGUAAAUUAGUAUAUUAUAUUUUUAAGUCUCACGCACAAGGGGUGCUACUUUUGUAUGUAUAUUAGUAAUAUAUAUACAGGGUAGCUCAACUUCAGUGAGUUAUUUAUGUUUAUUUAGGUAGUACUCAUUAUGUUAUUUUUUUUUGUAAAUCUUUAUUGUUAGUCCUAAAUAAACAUCAUUAUUAUUAUUAUUAUUACUCUAACGUGUACGCAAAUAAAAAAGUUAGGUACACGCGAAUUAAACUUGAUCAAGCCAGUGACUUCAUUAUUUAACGUGCGCAGUGACUGUAUAUUUUGGUACAUGCAAUGUUGGUAUGUUUAGUGUUUGUUUGAUAGAAAAAUACUUGUUAAGGGAAGGGAAGCAGAACUAUUUAGAUGUUUCAAACUUAAUUGUAAUAAAUCAAUGUAUAUAUAAAAGUAUAUAUUUAGGUUAGCAAAAUAAAUAUAUGUAUUUAGUUGAUAUGACACGUACAAAAUAUUGCUAAAAUAAUUUUUAUACGUAAGUUAAUUAUUAUAAUCAACUAUUCUAAACGGGAAAUAAGCCACAGUUUAACUAAAAAAAUGAUUUUAUUAACGUUUCGACGUCCAAAUCGGAUGUCAUUGUCAAAAUACAAAAAUUAGUCAGAUUAAAUAAAUUAUUAAAAAAAUUUUUUACUAAGCAACACCAUUUUUGUUUAAUUUAAUAAUAUUUUGUAUGUUGACAACGACGUCCGAUUUAGACGUCGAAACGUUAAUAAAAUCAUUUUUUGGUUAAAUUGUGGCUUAGUUCCCAUUUAGAAUAGUUGAUUACAAAAAUGCCACAAGGAUAAUAGCUUCAGAACAAGUUAAUUAUUAUUGUGAAAGCUUUAGGUCUUCUUUUUAUUUUAAUCUUUUACGGUAAUACAUACUAUUUCAUUUAUAACUAAAAAAUAUAUAUAUUAGUUUAUAGUCUCUUAUCUUUUUCGUACUGUUUUAAAAUGUUCUUAAACUCAUUAAAAGAACUAAAUAAUUGUCCACACUCCGUAGUUAAUUUGAAAACAAACACUAAACAAAUAAAAAAUAAGAAAUCACUGACACUCUAACUUUUUUAUUUGCGUACACGGUAACGUAUACCUAGACACAACCUUAUAUUUAGGUAUAUUCUUCUUCUCCUUCUUUAGUUUAUUGGCCUCCACCUACUUGCGUAUUUGGCAAGCUCAUCGUCGUGGAAUAAGUCAAAAAUAUUUAUAUUCUAAUGACAUUUAUCGUAUGUCAUUGUAAUAAUAUAUACCAGUUUGUUAAAAUUGUAGUUUUAUACUGUUUUUGAAGGAAAGGAACGAAGGUUUACUAUUGAAAAUAAAACCAUUUUGUAAAAGUACGAAUUUUUCUAUGAAUAGUUCAAACGAUCAAAAACACUUGUAACGUCACAUAAAUGUAUUUUCUACUGACGUUUAUAACGUCUAAUUUAAAAUUCUGUUUACUUUAUUGGAAAAAUGUAAAUGUAAAACCAAGUGACGUCACGAAGCGUUUUGGACCACCUGUUUUAAUUUGAAUUUUUAAUCGUCUUUAGGGGCCAAACGAAAGACAAACAAAACUUUUUUAUCUUUGAUACAUGUUUUAAAUUAUGUUGUGUUGUGAUUUAUAACAUUUUUUUCGAAUUUAAAAAUUUAUGCAAGUUCCCUAUUGAACGAGAAAUUCAAAACUGAUUUUUAAUUUGACAUAUCUCAGUGGCGUACUAUUUUUUUCUUAAAAAAAUUCAGAGCAUUACCCGUACGCGCGCCAAUGAUGAAUAUAAAAUUAUUCUGUCACCUCUAAAGGAAGUCAUUUUUAACAUUUGUUGUAGCUCUGCACCUAGUUAAAAUCUUAUUAGUAAUAUUUUCUUUUCUGUUAUUCUAGUUUAGUAUUAUUAUAUUGGAUAGUUCUUGAUAAUCUAUUAAAGAAUGAAAAAUACGCGUCAAGAUGUUUUAUUUUUCUGCAUAAAAACGGUGCAUCAUAAUAUGAAAAGAAGACAAGAAAGGUUUUUUAUCGUAAAUUAGACGUGGAAUUUAAAAAUAAUUUUUAAUUCGAAAUAUCUCAGUGGCGUACUAUUUUUUCUUUAAAAAAAAUUCAGACCAUUACUUGUAGGCGCGCCAAUGAUGAAUACAAAAUUCUUAAUUGUAUGUCAAAAAUUCACAAUAACUACCUCUUAAAACACACCAAAUUUAAUUUUCAUAGCUCAAUCGAUCUUAGAUCAAUAAAUAAAUUGGCAGUUUGAAAUAAAAAUUUCAACACCCCGUAUCUCGGAAACGAAGCACUUGCGGACAUACCUACGUUUAUAGAACAAACUGUCAUUAUUUUUUCAUGUAGAAUUACCCCUUAAAGUUUAUCAUACUUAUUUACUAACACCCUGUAUUAUUUGGCAAACAUAAUUGAUUUAUCAGUUUUUAGGAACAGUUUUCAGGAAAUUAAAUAUACCUAUAGGUCGUUGAGAAAAUUAAACAAUGUAUAAUGUUGCUUUAUUUGUUCGAACCUUUCCUUCUAUUUUGAUUUGGCAGUGUCUAAUAUAACAAAGUAAAAAUCAAUUUUACAUUGGUCAGAUGGAUUUUUUUGAACCUAAUCUUUACAAUCGUAGUCAAAUAAACGCUUUUUCAUUCGGAGCCUAACCAUAUUAAUUCGUGUGGAAACGAAGGGUCGCAAUCAAUAUCUUCCGCAAUUUUUUUGGCCUCUUUUAAUAUAUCAUUAAAACCUUCAUUUGGUGUAAUAUUAGAUAAAUAUGUUUUGGUCUGCUCCAAGAUUAAAAUAAUAUUAGAUAGUGUAGCUUCAGAUUCUUGCGUCACUUUACUUGCAAUAUUAGUUUGUAUCAACACAUUAUAACGUGCAACAAUGGAAUAAGUACAUGUAAACAACUAAAUCUUUAAAAGUAACGAAUUUGACAUAUUUCUAGUUAAACCAGGAGGAGUAAACUAAAAAGACAGAUUCACACCCAAGAAAGUCACUAGAAAAAUCACCAAAUACAUCUUCUUUUUUGGUUGAUCAUAUCGGCCUUCGACGGUAAUCCAUACAUAUUAUGUUAUACGAGUUCUAAAAACAAGUGUUUAUUUAUACAGGGUAGCGAGAAAGUAUGGAAACACGGUAAUUUCUCGGAAACCGCUAAAACGAUUUUUAUAGCUUUUGCUAUUUACA